GUUCCAUAUUUCUAGUCUCAACACCACAAAGCCCACACUUGGUCCACGGGUCCUUCCCAAACUACCUCAGAAGGUUUCUCUGCGAAAGAUAGAUACCAUCCAUCACCCAUCUAUGGACAAAACCAACCAGCCUCCUGAACCUGUCCUGUUCCAGAAGGUUCUGCAGAGUUCAGAUACUCCACAGAAAGUUCAGUUAGCCGAUAGACCUCAACCUGGAGAUAUACCUCCUAAACCACAGCCUUCAGAAUUACCUCCUAAACCAGGAGAACUGCCUCCAAAGCCUCAGCUAUCUGACCUUCCCCCUAAACCCCAGCUAGGUGAUCUACCCCCUAAACCUCAGCUGAAAAAUCUCCCGCCCAAACCUCAACUGACGGACAUUUCCCCACCCAAACCUGUAACCACUGAGGUCCUCCACAAACCUCCUCCUGGAGAAGUGGGAGCCACUUCUCCUCCUGGAGAAGUGGCUCCCAAGCCCCAACCACCAGAUACUCUAACAAUCAUCCAACAAGCUGAACUGUCUCCUCAACCUGUCCAGUCUAGUGAAGACACCAAUGGAAGCCCAACAUCUGCACAAGACACGCCUGUACCGUUGCCCAGGAAAAUAAAUCCAAUAAAGAGUAAAAUGCGGAGGGUGAAGACUAUCUACGAUUGUCAGGCAGAUAAUGAUGAUGAGCUUACUUUCGUUGAGGGUGAGGUCAUUGUAGUAACCGGGGAAGAAGAUCAGGAGUGGUGGAUCGGGCACAUCGAAGGGCAGCCAGAGAGGAAAGGUGUAUUUCCCAUGUCUUUUGUUCAUAUCCUGUCUGACUGACACGCAACUGUUGGUCCUCCGCCUCCAUCUGUGGGAUGCACUUGACUUAGCUGCUGAAUCAACAAUGCAAGUUUUAGGAAGAUGGAAUCACAAUGAAACAUCAUCAGAG